GGCAGGCGCGGCGGUCAGCUGAGCCGCGCUGGGCGGGGUCGCGAGGCUGCACGUCAGCCGGAGGCUCCCCAGCCCCCAGCCGCCGCCCCCAGCCGGUACCGUGGUCGGCGUCUGCAUCCGGGUCCAGAUCCCUCCCCCAGCGGGCACGAUGCGGAGGAAGCAGUGACCCCGAGGGAGGCCGGAGCCCGGGCGCCGGGAACUGCUGCCAUGUCCCACCAACCACUUAGCUGCCUGACUGAAAAGGGAGACAGCCCCAGCGAAACCACAGGAAAUGGACCCCCCAAUCUGGCUCACCCAAACCUGGACACAUUCACCCCACAUGAGCUGCUGCAGCAGAUGAGAGAGCUUCUCAUCGAGAACCAUCAGCUGAAAGAAGCCAUGAAGCUAAACAAUCAAGCUAUGAAAGGGCGAUUUGAGGAGCUUUCAGCCUGGACAGAGAAGCAGAAGGAAGAACGCCUUUUUUUUGAGACCCAGAGCAAAGAAGCCAAAGAGCGCCUAACAGCACUGAGUCUUGAAAAUGAAAAACUGAAGCAAGAACUUGGAAAACUAAAAGGGAAAACUGAAAGGUCAUUCGAGGACCUCAUUGGGGACUCCAAGGUCCCCAAGGCAGAAGCAGAACAGGAAGUGGAACAGCUGAAGACCCAGGUGGCACGCCUUCAAGCUGAAAAGGCAGAUCUGCUGGGCAUCGUGUCUGAAUUACAACUCAAGCUGAACGCAGGCGGCCCCUCUGAAGACUCCUUUGUUGAAAUCAGGAUGGCUGAGGGAGAAGCAGAUGUGGCAACGAAAGAAAUCAAGACAAGUCCUGGGCCCACAAGAACUGAUUCCAUUGACACUAGCAAAUCUGCAGAAGGUGCCAGGAAUUAUUUGGAAUUUGAGGAAUUAACCGUGAGCCAGCUCCUGCUUUGUCUAAGGGAAGGAAACCAGAAGGUGGAGAGACUUGAAAUUGCCCUCAAGGAAGCCAAAGAAAGAAUUUCUGUUUUUGAAAAGAAAGCAAAGGAUCGUUCUGAGAUUGAGACCCAGACAGAGGGGCACACAGAACAAGAGAAAGAAGAGGAGAAAGGCACAGAAACUGUUGGAAGUGAAGUGGAAACGUUGAACCUUCAGGUGACAACCCUGUUUAAGGAGCUUCAGGAGGCUCACACAAAACUCAGUGAAGCUGAGCUAAUGAAGAAGAGACUUCAAGAAAAAUGUCAGGCCCUUGAAAGGAAAAAUUCUGCAACCCCAUCUGAGCUGAAUGAAAAGCAAGAGCUUGUUUAUAAUAACAAAAAGUUAGAGCUCCAAGUGGAAAGCAUGAGAUCAGAAAUCAAAAUGGAGCAAGCAAAAACAGAAGAUGAAAAGUCCAAAUUAGCCACUCUACAGUUGACACACAACAGGCUUCUUCAAGAAUACAAUAAUGCAUUGAAAACAAUUGAGGAACUAAAAAGGAGAGAGUUGGAACAAGUGGAUAAGGCGGUGCUGCAGGAACUGAGUGGAAAGCUGGAACUGGCAGAGAAGGCCCUGGCUUCCAAGCAGCUGCAAAUGGAUGAGAUGAAGCAGACCAUCGCCAAGCAGGAGAGGGACCUGGAAACCAUGGCUGUUCUCAGGGCUCAGAUGGAGGUUUACUGCUCUGACUUUCAUGCUGAAAGAGCAGCAAGAGAGAAGAUUCAUGAAGAAAAGGAGCAACUGGCAUUGCAGCUGGCAAUUUUGCUGAAAGAGAAUAAUGUUUUUGACGAUGGAGGCAGCAGGCAGUCCUUGAUGGAAAUGCAGAGCCGUCAUGGGGCGAGAGCAAGUGACGCUGACCAGCAGGCUUAUCUCGUUCAAAGAGGAGCCGAGGAUAGAAACUGGAUGCAGCAGCAACAACGGAAUAUUCCAAUUCAUUCUUGCCCCAAAUGUGGAGAAGUUCUGCCGGACAUAGAUACACUACUGAUUCAUGUUACAGACUGCAUCAUUUAAGUGUUGACCUUUCACCUCCCCCAAACUGUUGGUAAAUGUCAGACUUUCUUCUUCCAAGAGUUGUACUUUUGUGUUGUUUGUUUCACUCAAAUAUUUUGGCUCAUUAUAUUUAUUUUAGGAGAAAGAACAUUGUUAUGUGCUAAAUAGGACAUUUUUUGGCGCAGUUCCAUAAACUCGCAAAAUUGAAUCCUUAACACACCACUCUUCUGAUAAUAGGUUCAUUUUUUUUUUUAAAUAUUCAGUUGAUGUGAGCACUGAACUUAAACUGUUCAUGCAGGUAGUGAGAGUGUGACAUUGUGGACAGAGUAAACAUGGUAAUAAGAUGGACAAAGCCUCGCGGAUUAAGAACCUUCUAAAGAGGCAGGAAAAAUGAAGUCGUCACAGCUUUCAUCAAGAAAAGUGUCUCUGAAGUAUUUUUAAAUAAAUUAUAUUGUUAUUUUUCUUUAUUCAUUUAAGACAGAUCUAUCUGGGAUUGUGUAUAUAUGUAUAUCUUACAGUUUUAUUUCAGCCAUAGCACCAAAGUUACAAUGUGGCUCUUUUCAGAUGAACCCUGCAAGCUUUUACUUGAUCAUCAGGACAAGUGAAAAAAUACGGACCUACAUGAAGCAGAUGCAUUAGGUUCCCUGGAUUUCAUGUAACCACCCACAGUGUAAAGUUCUUUUUCUUUUGUUGUGCUGCGGGUAUAUGUUUAUCUACUAUACAGUAGAUAGUUUAUUAAUUUCUAAAAAGAAUAGCUAUUAAUUUUGUUCCUGGAUUAGGCUCUAUAUUCAUAAUCACAAAAUAUUUAUUGCAAAAUAAAAUUUUGCUUAUGAAUCUUUCA